AUGACCUAUGAGCAACGAGGACGUCCUUUGGCGAUUUCACCUGAAGAAGCUGAAUUCGUCAUGGCGGCUCUCGACUUGGAGCCAACAUUGUUCAUCGAUGAGAUCCAGUCACAUCUCCAGGCGAUGGCUGGGAACCUGCACCCACUAUCAAUGAUCACUGACGAGUUGCGGGUACGCCUCCAGUUGACCAAGAAGACCGCCCGCACGGUGCACCCGGCCCAAUGCCCCUUCCAAAGGGCCGAAUUUACCGAGAGAGUGGGGGUGUACCACCCAAGCUACUUCGUCUUCAUGGACAAGGCGGCGGUAUCCCUAGGAACCCACUCAUGA